UAUAUAAUAGUGUCACACAAGUUUCAUAAUCAUAUAGUAAGAGACUUUAUACAGUGGUACUGUACAGACAAUACAAAGUUAUAGAUAAUUUAUUAAAAAUAGUAACAAAAACAAAAAUGGCUAAAAACAAUAUUAAAUUAGAAACUCGGUGCGAAGAAUUUAUGAAAGAUGGAAAUGCAGUGGAACCAGAAAUUAAGACCAAAGCUAAUGAUAGUGAAGUUGACUAUUAUGAUGAAUUACUAUCAUCGGCUGGCAAGUUUGGCCUAUACCAAGUGCUUCUCUUUAGCUCAACAUUCCCAUUUUAUGUGUUUGGCACAUUUGUUUAUUAUGGACAACUUUUUAUGACUGAAUUAUCACCGAACCAUUGGUGCUGGGUCCCAGAAUUAGCCAACCUGACUGAGUUGGAUCGCAGAACUUUGGCCAUUCCAGCUGACAACAAUGCACACUUUGGUUAUUCACAAUGCAAGGUAUAUGCAGCCAAUUGGACUGAAGUGCUGAUAAGUGGAAUAACGCCUGAUGAAUCUUGGGAUACGAUAUCUUGUCAGCAUGGUUGGGAAUUCAAUAAAAGUGAAAUCCCUUACCCGACUAUUUCAAGUGAGCUCGGUUGGGUGUGUGAAAAAAAUAGUUACCAAGCUUCAGCGCAAGCCAUUUUCUUCAUUGGUUCCAUUGUGGGAGGACUCAUUAUCGGAUGGGUGUCCGACCGCUUCGGGAGACUGCCUGCUCUUGUUAUAAGCAACGUUAUCGGAUGUAUUGCUGGAGUGCUGAGCACAUACGCCAGAGACUUUAUAGAGUUUUCAGUAUGCAGAUUCUUUACCGGAAUGUCAUAUGAUAAUUGCAUGAUAAUGGCGUAUCUUAUUGUACUUGAAUACGUGGCUCCAAAGUAUAGGUCUCUAUUUUCGAAUUUGUCAUUUGCUCUCUUUUAUUCAGUGGCUUGUACGACAAUGCCUUGGAUAAUGUUAAUUAGUGGUCAUUGGAAAACUAUUUCUUUAGUCACAAGCUUACCGCUUGCGCUUGCUGUCUUGUCUCCAUUUUUUAUACCAGAGAGUCCAAGAUGGUUGUUGUCAAAAGGGCGCACAGAUCAAGCCAUUGAAAAAAUUCUAACCAUAGGUCGAGUGAACAAAAAAGAAGUGCCGUUAAGUCUAAUAGAACAAUUUAAGAAAUCCGUAACGAACGCAAAGAAAGAAGAACAUGCAAGUGGAAUAGAACUGCUCAAACGGCCAUCGAUAAGAAAUAUGUUCAUUGCUAUAUGCGUUCUCUAUAUGUGUUGCAUGAUCGUAUUUGAUGGUCUAGUCAGAAGUGUAAAACAAUUGGAUUUCGACUACUUUGUUUCUUUUUCGCUGGUAUCAUUUACUGAAUUGCCUUCUAUGGUGUUAUGUGCAUUUAUUUUGGACUGGACCGGCAGAAGAUGGCUGACAGUAGCUAUGAUGUUGGCCAGUUGUGUCUUCAGUAUUUCGACGGCAAUGGUUAGCAAUGGAUUAGCAUCAGUGAUAUUAGCUGUUACUGCAAGAUUUUGUGUGAACAUGUCAUGUAGUGCAACAAUGCAGUGGACGGCUGAAGUUUUGCCAGUGAGUGUGAGAGGAUCUGGCGCAUCUAUAGUACAUAUAUGUGGCUAUGUAGCAACUGUUUUAUCACCAUACAUUGUUUAUCUGGAAACGUACAUUUACUGGCUGCCUAUGGUGAUGAUUGGCUGUAUUUCAGCAAUUGGGGGCUUUAUAGCUUUGCUUAUACCAGAAACAGCGAAUAAAGAUAUGCCACAAACAUUCGAAGAUUCUGAAAGAUUGGUGAAAAAUUCAAAGUUUUGGGAAAUACCUUUUUUAAUGAAGAGAAAGGAAAGUAAAAAUAUCAUAGAAUCAAAAACAUAAACGAUAAAAUUAAUUCUACCAUGACCCUGUAAUAGUAUUGUUUCCUUUUGGAUUUUUUUCUAAAUUGUAAAAGAAAUAUAAAAUAAUACUUGAUUC